UCGAGUUUUGCUUCCGACCCUCAAUUGCCCCGCCUCUUUGUUGCAGCCAUCCAUCACGACAUGGGUGCUAGCGAUUUGUACAACGGUUCACAGCGUUUCGAGCUUUGUUCCGCCGACUGCGCAAAGGCUCAUCUCCUUGCCCACGACUACUCGGAAGCGGAAUCUCAUCAAGUCUGGACUGCAAUUGCAGUGCAUACGUCUCCAGGUAUAGCAGAGCGCAUCGACCCGCUAUCCAGACUGAUCCGACUUGGUGUGAUCAUGGACUUUGGAUCUGAAGAGAACAGGGCAAAGAUGGGAGUGGCUGGAUAUUGCAACGAGAUUGAGAAACUUUUGCCAAGGUUGGAGGCGGAAAAGAGCUUGGGAGAUGCUGUGGUGAAGCAGGCCAAGAAGAUUCCACAUGUGGAUAGCCUCACUUGGCUGAGUGACGAAAAGUUCCCGUCGGCAAGUUGGCCUGGUAUUUUGCUGAGGGCACACGCCGAGAAUCCAGAUCAUGUUGGAGUAAAUCCUGCUUUCUGA